UUCGACAGGAAUUUUGAACUUUGGAGUAGGAAACUAGCAAUGGAGGAAGCGAAGGGAUUGGCGAAGCGCGUGCUCCUUGUCAAGUUCAAAGACGGUACCCCACCUGCCCGACUCGAGGAAAUCCUCAAGAAUUACGCCAAUCUCGUCAACCUCGUCGAACCCUUGAAAUCUUGGCGCAUGGGAAAGAACGUGAGCUUCAUGAAUUUGGACCAGGGCUUCACGCACGUCUUCGAAUUAACGUUCGAGAGCGCUAAGGGAUUAGCAGAGUACGCGGAUCAUCCUGCUCACACCGAAUUCUCGAGCCAGUGCCGUCCUUAUCUUGAUAAAUUCGUGGUCAUCAACUACGAGCCGACCGUCUUCUGUACCUGAAUCACCUUCUUACUGUGAUAUCGGCCAAUGUCAUGUUUGAAUAACGCAGGCCAAUGUCAUGUUUGAAUAAAAGGUUUGUUAUGUAUGACUAAACUGAAGAUCAAGGUGCCGUUAUAUCGAA